CUUCUAUGGCGCCAUAAAACGUCAAGACCUGUUAAGACAAAAGCUUUUUUAUGUUUGAUUCCAUGAUUUAUUUAUUCAUUGCGAUGGUCUAGAACCUGUCUAGAAUGAUACUCUUAACUUAUCGAAUAAGACGCAUAACUAAACAAAACUAAUUUAUUCAUUAUUGUAUCAAAAAAGACCUCUAAUAUCUUGUAGAUUUUAUAGAGAUUUGUGCAGUACUGUGAUAUCUAGGUGAUUCAACAUGAUCAUACCUGUGCGCUGUUUCACCUGCGGAAAAGUUAUAGGAAAUAAAUGGGAAGCUUACCUUGGAUUAUUGCAGGCUGAAUACACCGAAGGUGAUGCCCUGGAUGCCUUAGGGCUUAAGCGAUAUUGCUGUAGAAGAAUGUUAUUAGGUCAUGUUGAUUUAAUUGAAAAAUUGCUGAAUUAUGCACCACUUGAAAAGUAAUAUUGAUUUGCAAAUUAACAUGUUGAGUAAAUGAAUGUGUUUGCAAAUUGACAUGUGUAAAUGCAUGUAUUUGCAAACCGACAUAUUAUGUAAUGUAAUGAAAAAUAAAUGUUAUGAGAGAA